UGUGAGCUGCAGCUUCCUGGCAGGAUUCUGGGAACAGCACCAAACCCCCGACAGGCAGCGAGCAGGUUUUGCGCUCUGAGUCAGAAGCAGGCUGAGUAGAUGCAGCCUUCAAAGCAUGCAUCCAAGAUGGGGAAGGGGAUCUGUGCAAGGAGGAUAUUUCCAGUGUGAGGCUCAGAGCCUGGGGGGACCCUCUCCUGCCAACACUCUCGGUUGGCUGGAUUAACUGGCUCUCAUUCAGAGGGAACUUGGCAGAUCUAUUUUGCUUUUGUUGAACCUCUCUACAGCACAUCAUAAAGAUUUCCUAGGUCCAGAAGCUGCAGAAGAGACAUCAGACAACUGAGCAGCAGAAAAAUGUGACUCUGAGAAGAGACUUCAAGCCUUCUGAUGAUGAAUUUUCUACUGAUCAGUUCUAAUUUAAAUAUAUAACUGAAGCAUGCAUAAAAGUUAACCUGAUAGGGAAAAACACCUUCUCAUUAAUUAGAACUGCCAAAACCAAAAAGCAGUCACCUGAAGCUUCAAAAUGAGUGCCCCACUAGUUCCAAGCAAGUCAUGUUAUUCCCAGCUUCAGGACAACCGCAGUGAAAUAAGAAACAAUAAUGAAAGCAUAGUGAGUGUUGGGGAUACCAAUGCCAACCAAAUUGUAACAAAAGUUAGAACCACUGACGGGGAUGUUAAGAAACAUGAUUUGACAGAUGAGAGUGGGAAUAUAUACUCUGGAGGAACAGAGAAGGUGACUCAUCUGCCUACAGACCAGAAUAAACUUCUGACCUUCAAAGACUCUCGAACCUGUCACACCAGUGCACAGGAAAGUAAGCUGCCCUCUACCACAGGCAGGGAAAUGGGGAAAGAUUGUAGGACCAGUGAAGCUAAGGAUAUAUCAAGGCAUAUCAGGAUUAGCCGAGGACAAAGUCUGUCCAAUUUAAAAAGUAGCACAAAUGAUGCCAGCCUGGAGGUUGUCUCCAAAGGUGAUAUUGACUUCACCCAGAACUUUCCUAAGGGAAAAAUGUCCAGGACUGUGGAGGUGGAGAGAAUAAAAAGGCUUUCUUUGGGAAGACCAAGUAAAUUUUCUCCUCAGCCUGAAACAUUUGUAAAAGACGGCGUUGGCCGCGUGUCGUGUAAACGUCUGCUCUCUGCAUCAUUGGACUCCAUCGACAGGUCUCACCACUUGGUAGGAAGUACAGAGAAAUCCCAAAAAACAUCCACGGAUCAUUUCCUUGGGAUGGUGUUUUGUCCACUUGACAAUACCUCAGAGGAAAAUACUGUAUUUUAUUCCAAACCAUCUACCUCAGGGAACAAGAAAACAAGUAAAGCAGAAAAUGUACCAAAUGUUAGCAUUGAAAGCACACUGCAUACUUCUCAUUCUCAACAUUCAGCUGUUAAGCUCAAUGAGGUUGCUAGUAAAUCAGAAGCACAAUUAGGUCAGGGUGAUAAAAGUAAAAAACUGGAGCUUAGGACUGCACCAUCUCUACAAUAUAAAAAUGCGUGUCCACAAAAGAUAGAGAGAAUUAUGCUAGUAGAGUUCCUGGGAUGUCCAAGAGCUGAAAAUACAGCAGUGCAGGAACAGAAAAACUCUGUGUCUGCCAUGUCAAAAUUUCAAGUAUCCCAUUUUCAAGACACCUGUAAUAGAGUAGAGGACCCAUUGUCAAGCCAGGUAGUAACUCACCCUGAUGAUAAAUUGCAAAAUGAUAACAUCACCGUCAGAGAAGGGAGAGGAAGCAAUGACAGUGACAGCAGGGCAACCAGCCAGGCUGAUGAGGAAUAUUUUACUGAUGAGGAAAUGGAAACAAUAUUUCCACUCACCUGCAGUAGUAAAUCCAGCGUCAAAGUGACACUGAGGAAAAACAAAAAUUUGCAUGAAGUUGACACAGGUUGCACUGAAGCAGUUGGUGAACAGAUAUCUCCUAUACAUGAUAUUAAUCCACCUGACAGCAAACCCUUGAAAGUUAAUGAGAAUAAACUGAUGCUAGUAAAAGAAAGCACUGAGGAUGCUGUUGUGCCUGCUUCUGAUCCCUCAGAUCAUCACAGAGCACACAGUGCAGAGACAGUGUCAAACCAACAACCUGACAGCCACAGCAGUGACGUGGAAACCUCAAAUGUUUCAGUUUCAAGUAAAGAAACAGCUAAUGUACAGAAAAAUCCUCCAGAGGAAACACCAGAGAGCUGUAACAUUCCAACAAAGGCUGAUGUCUUUUUAUGUGUCCCUACUCCUGUGCGCCCGGUGGCAACACCGGAUGUUGAUGGUCAGUCCACGCUAUCAAACAGUAAUUUGAAGGACCUUUAUGCACUUCAUGAUGACAAAUUGUCACCCUCCUCAGUCCUACCUCCCAUUGACAGCACACAGUUGUUAAACAUAUCCCCUAAAGUGCCUAUCAAGACUGCUUGCAGCAGCGCCAUCCCAAAACCUAUCCUGGUCCACCCCAAGGGCUCCCCCACAGAAAAGGCUGGUGUGGACAGUGACUGCAGUGAAAAGCUGGAAGAAGGCAUUGAGAUAAAACCUGCCAUCCCCCGGCCCAAACCUGUGAGACCUAAAAUCAUCACGUACAUUAGGAGAAACCCUCGCUCAAUAGAGCAGCUCGACCCUUUGUUCGCGCCGGCAGGGCUGCCCUUCGACGGCCCCCCGUGCAGCGUGCCCAUCUCUGCGGAACAGAAGGCGUCCAACGGAGGAGAGGCAAAGCCCACCAGCAUCCUGUAUGACAAAUUUAAGCCUGACCUCCAGAAGCCAAGACUCUUUGGUUCUGGACUAGUGGUGUCAGGAAUUAGGCCGCCAGGUCAUCACUUCAGUCCGAUGAGCGAGAAGUUUCUGCAGGAGGUUGGGGACAGGCCUGCGAAGGAUGAAUUUUGCCCUCCACCGUACAGUCACUAUGAGGUGCCACCAAGCUUUUACCGAUCUGCCAUGAUCCUGAAGCCACAGUUAGGGCUGGGUGCGGUGUCCAGGUUGCCCUCUGCCAAGAGCAGGAUUCUCAUUGCCAGUCAAAGAUCCUCAGCGAGUUGUCUCCAUCAGCAAGGAGAAAUAACAAGUGCUCCCAGCCUCUACCAUCCUGAUGCUUCAGUUGAUCUUAAGAAAGGAUCAUGUCCAAGUGCUGCAAAAUCAAAUCUCCCCAAGCCCUGCCCAUCUGGACUUCGUCCUCCAGGUUAUUCACGGUUGCCAGCAGCUAAGCUGGCCGCAUUUGGUUUUGUCAGGAGCUCCAGUGUGUCCUCUGUCUCCAGCAACCAGUCAAACGACAGCGCUCAGAGUGACCAGAGCAGGACAACCAACCGUUCCAGCUUCGGAAAUGAAGAUCAGCCCACCCCUAGGGCAUCUGCACCUUCUAAGGAUGCUCCCAAGGGGAGCAGCAAAAGCACGACACAGGUAUCGAGCAGCACAGCGACUCCACGCAGGAGCUUACUGCCAGCACCAAAAACUGCCGCAGCACCUGCUGGUGUGAAGAAAGAAGUACAAAAAGAUCAGGAUGCUAGCAGACCAGCUGUCUCAUCCCCUAAGAAAUCAGCAGUAACAGCCACAAAACUCCAUUCACCAGGACAUCCCAAGCAAAGGCCAGCCACCCCAAAGAAUGGAUUCUCCUCCAAACCAGGAGAGGGGCGAGACACUGAGAAGCAGUUCAUUCAGAAACUCAAGGAAAAGUGUGAGGAGCAGUCUCGGCAAUUAAUCAAUAUCCAAAAUGAGCUUAAAAGGGCCAGCUGUGGCUUUGAUGUCUUUGCUAUAACAACACAGUACUUUUUCAGGCAGAAUGAAAAUGCCCUUGUGAAAAUAAAGGAGUUAGGAGUCGAGCUUGCAAAGAUCAGGGAGGAAGUUGACCUCAACACGGCGAGAUGGAAGAAGCUACUGAGCGAGAAGGAGGAGCUGGAGAGGCGCUUCGAGGAGGAGGGGAAGCAGCUCCGCCGGCAGCAGCAGGAGGAGAUGCAGGCGCUGGAGCAGCGGCUGCAGGAGGAGUACAAGGCCAAGAAGGAGAGCCUGCAGGAGCAGCACAGGCUGCAGCUGGAACAAGCCAAGUUGCAGCACCAGGAUCAGGUGGAAGAUCUCACAGCUGUACAUGAAGCUGCAAUGUCACAGUUGGAAAACAACCACAUAGUGGCCAUUACAGUACUGCAGGAUGAGAAUGACUGCAAGAUUCAAGAACUGAAUACUGCUCACAAACUGGAAAAGGCACAACUAGAAGAGACUUUUGAAAAGCUGCGUCUGUCACUCCAGGACCAGAUAGACACCCUCACCUUCCAGAAUCAAUCUCUUAAGGCCAAAGCAGACCGGUUUGAAGAGGCUCUGAAGAAAAACACUGAGGAACAGCUGAAGAUUGUGCAAGCUCCGUAUCUACACUUAGAAAAAGAUUUGAAGAGCUUAAAGCACGUUCUGGAAAUGAAGAACCUCCAGAUUCACCAGCAGGAGAAGAUGAUUAUGGAGCUAGAAAAACAGGUUGAAAAGAAUUUAAAACUGGAAGAAAAGAUCACCAUGCUGCAACAGCAGAAUGAAGAACUCAGAGCCAGGAUUGAGCAAAAUACUGUCAUAACAAGGCAACUGUCGGAGGAGAAUGCAAAUCUUCAAGAAUAUGUUGAGAAAGAAGUGGAGGAGAAGAAGAAGCUCAGCAGGACUAACGAGGAGCUCCUCUGGAAGCUGCAGGAGGGAGAUGCUGUGAGCCCCGUCAAACUCCCACCCGCACCAUCCACUCCUUUUUAUCGCUGCUCAUCAGGGAACUCCUCUCCAGCAAAAGUCAGAACCUUGAGGCGAUGA